CCCACCACCCCCACACACCCAAACACUCGAAACAUUCCACAAAGCCAUCACGACGACACUACACCAACACCCCUCCCCCCACCACUCCGGCAUGCAGCUCGUCUCGCCCGCGCUGCACCCGGUACCGGGGGGCGCGGCCAGCUCGUCUUCGUCGUCGUCGACAAUAGGCGGCGGCGCGACGACGACGACGACGGCCAGCCAGGGCAGUAGCAGCAGCAACGCCGGCUUUUCAUCACCACCCACCGCAAACGGAUCUUCAGUCUUGCCAAAUGGCAGCGCAAGCGCAAGCGGCAGCACGCUGGGCGUGUCGGCCUCGACAUCGAGCUCGACGCUGAGCUCGGGCAGGACAGCGCGCCCUGCCAGCGGCGAGGCGCAGAGCAGCUCGCGCAUCUCGGCCGGAUACGAUGAUCAAUCAGCCGCGGCGGCGGGUAGUUCAUCUGGCGCCGGCACAGCCCAGCAGGCAACGCACCGGCGCGUGUCGUCGUCCGUGUCGUCGUCGGCUGGUGGCUCGCGGACACGGCGACCAAGCACGCCGCGCACCCCGCCAUCACCGCCGACGAGAACGAGCUCGCUCCGCCCGUCAAGCCACGUCCAGGCGAUCCACGACUUUGACCCCAGCAUCAUGCCCACAAACCAGUCCCUCACACACAACAUGUACCUCUCGUUCCGGGCCGGUGAGGUGAUCCGCGUCCACGGCCGCGACCCCUCUGGAUGGUGGGACGGCGAGGUCACCUCCCCACGGCAAGAGGACGACGACAGACGGAUCAGGAGAGGAUGGUUCCCCAGCAACUAUGUCCGCGAGGUCGAGUGGGACGAGCCUAGAAGAUCAGAAUCUUCACGCAGCAGCCAUCGCCAGAGCUCCGAGUCGACCAACAUGACCUCCUCGAGCCCCGGACAGACACCACGGGGUGUUGCGACUCUGCACGGCGGCGGCGAGGGGUCGGCAGCGGCACGCACCAUCCGGCAUACCCACGCAUCACACCCGUCCAAUGCGUCGCAUGUGUCACACCACAGCAGCCAGCAUUCGCAUUCAUCAUCAGCCGCGUCACAUCACGUUCGUGCGUCACAGAUACAUCAACGGGGAUCGACAGAUUCGACGCUCGGUGCACCGCUGUCACCGGCACUCCAGACGCUUCUUCAGCCAGUGCAGCAGUCCUUGUCCUUGUUGCAAAGUUCAAUUCAGUCGCGGCGCCGCCUUCACAUCCAGCCUUCGGCCGCGCAGGUAAUUUCCGCCAUUCGCACCGCGCUCCUGCGCAUGGACUGCUUAAGCAAGGAGAGCAAGACGUUGGCCGCACACCCGGUCUUGGCCAAGGAAAGACGAUACGUCCUCGCAGAAUUGAGCAAGCUCGUAGCGUGCGCCAAGCUCGCUGGAACGGAGAAUGUCGAUGACGAAUCCGACGACAAUGGCGCAUUGGAGUCGACUGGCAAGGCAGCGCGCAGCGUGUUUGCAUCGGUCCGCAGAUUCCUCUUACAUGCCAGCGAGGCUGGCGUGUCGGUCGCCCCGCUCGAGGUCGACUCGGCGGCCGAGAUUUCCGCCGUCGCCGUCGAGCACCACUCGCCCACGACGGUGAUGAGCAACAACCCAUCACGGAUGCGCGUCCGGACGGUGUCCAACACUGGGUCACGGAUCCCUCUCAAGUCGGCUAGCGUCAGCGACCUCCGCACCGCCGCCAGAAGACAAGCGGACCCGCCACCCCCACUCCCCACGAGCCAAUCUGCGGGGUCGGGGCAGGGCUCGCGGGGUGCAGAGGACACCUUCUCGCCGUCCCUUGGUUCUUCAUCAGGCCGGUCGUCACCCGUGUCGGUGCGCUCGCGUCGCCGCGCCUCGUCGCACACAAGACACGGUAGAAGCGCGUCGUUUGACAUGACCCAGGUCGAAACCGGCUCGCCCGAGAUUGAUUCCACAGACAGUCCUGCCUACGUCGAAGCCGACCCGCCCAUCAAGCACUACGAGUCGGGCCACGCCAUCCACGAGGCGAUUGCCAUUGCCGAGGACGCCCUCUUGUCGAUUAUCGCGAGCUUCCUCGGCCACAUUCACAGCCACCAGUUUGAUUCGCACCCGUCUAGCCACGCAUACGUGAUUGAGCUCACACGCGAGACGGUCGACCGCGUGCGUGAUGCGCUCACCAUUGUCGAGGCCGUCGGCCGCCAGGCAGGCAUGUUGGGUUUAAGUCCUCGCGAAGUCAACAGUCUCAAGAUUGCUCGCGACGACCUGUACGACGCGGCUUCGGCCCUCGUUGAGGCUGCCGAGGCCGUCGCCAACGUCCCGUUCGAGAAGGAGGAAAUGGACGAUAUUGACCCAAUCCUCCUUGCAGAAAUGGAGCGGCGCUACGAGGAGGAGAAGGACAACCUCCUGCAUGCCACGACAUCGACACUGCGUGCCAGCACCGAGUGCGCGCGGGUCGUUCGUCUCUGCGUCCCGCAGGCGGCUGGUGAGCCCGAGUUCGACUCGCCGAAUCUCUCAGCCGGGCACGGUUCCCCAAGCCUCAUGUCACCUCGCCAAGGCUAUGCCGGCCUGGGUCUGGGCAUCAAGGGCCCUGGUUCUCUGCAGAGCCUUGCGCGCCGUGCAACCAGCUUAAACCAGCUCCACAAGCGCUACCAGAUGGACAGCGUUCGUGUCAGUGCCCAGAGCAAGCGUGCCGAGGAGUCGGAAGACGACGACGACGAGGAGGUCGUUGCCGACAGCACGGACGAGGAUACGACCAUGCGCGGCGACCACCACGCACGUCCCAACUCUCACCCUUCCCCGGCAUCUUCUACGCCAGAGCCCCACGACAGUACCCGCCGCUCGUCCGAUGUCACCUUCCAGUCGCGCAGCCGGUCAACGUCGUUAUCUACACCGGUUGCCUCCAGGGUUGGAGGGCACAAGGACUCGCGCUCGCCAUCGCGUUCGGUGGACCUUACGCACGACUUCGACCUGCCGGUCCGAACGCACUCGAGACAGAGCCACGAGAAGCGCGCCUCUUCAACUCUGGUGUCGUUUGGCGGCUCGUCCGGGCAGACGCGCACCUCGCUCUCGCAGAUGUCGUCGCCGAUGCCUGUUGGCAGCGAGGUCCAGACCCCCGGCCUCCCGGACACUCCGAUCUCGCUCAACUCGGCGUUCCCGUCCCCCAGUAUCGUCAAUGGCGGCGAGUUCCCCAUGGAGGGCGGCAGAGUCGUCAACUUUACGCCGCCGACUGGUCCUACGCCGGCGCGGCCUGCGCCUCCCGGUCGCAGCCCAGCGCUCCCGCCGGCUGGCGAGGAGAAGGAGGGUGGCGAUGUUCGUUUCUGGGUCGUCGCGCACGACUACGACCCUCGCGAGGUGGCGUACAACUCGGACGGUACUCUUGUCGGCGGCACGCUGCGUGUGCUCGUCGAGAAGCUUACCCCGCACGACGGACCUCCCGACCUCCACUUUGCUGCCGUGUUCUGGUACACCUUCCGCCUGUUCACCACGCCCGAGGAGCUGCUCGACACGUUCAUCACGCGUUUCAACCUCACGCCGCCGCCCGUGGUUGCCGGUAUGGGCGAGGCCCAGCUUGCACUGUGGGUUGAGCGCAAGCUCAUGCCCGUUCGCCUGCGUGUGUACAACAGCAUCAAGACGUGGGUCGACUUACAUUGGAGACCGGCAAGCGACGACCUGGUGCUCGAGAAGCUCGAGAGGUUUUCCGAGGAGGUCAUGCUGCCGACGAUCCCCAAGAUGUCGACACGUUUAGUCGAGACAAUCAAGGAGCGGAGAAAGUCGAUUUCUGUGCCCAGCUCGGGUGCGACGACGCCUGGUGGCCGCCCGUCGUCGAUUGACCGUAUGCGCAACUCGGCCAUCACGAGCAUGAUCCAGGGCGCGCCCAACACGAUUGGCCAGCCGCCCACGCCGACAAUCAAGAGCACGCUGCUCUCCAUGCUGUCCAAGAACCCGCCGCCAACCAACAUUCCCAUCACCGACUUUGACACUCUCGAGCUGGCGCGCCAGCUCACGAUUAUGGAGAGCAAGCUGUUCGCCAACGUCGCCCCCGAGGACCUGCUCAUGACUGGCAAGAAGACGAUCCCGGCCCUCAAGGCGCUAUCGACGCUGUCAAACCAGAUCACUGGCUGGGUCGCCGACAGCAUUCUCAACGAGCAAGACGCCAAGCACCGUGCCGCGCUGGUCAAGUUCUACAUCAAGCUGGCCGACAAGUGUCUGCACCUCAACAACUUUUCGACGUUGUGGGCUGUGAUGGCCGGCCUGAACAGCAGCACGAUCCUGCGCCUGAAGAAGACAUGGGAUGUGCUGAGCACCAAGCACCGUCUCAACAUGGACCGGCUGCGCGGUGUCAUUGAGCACACAAAGAACCACGCGGUGUACCGUGCGCGCCUGCGUGAGGUCACCGGGCCGUGCCUCCCGUUCUUGGGCCUCAUCCUUAGUGACAUUACGUUCACGCAGGAUGGCAACCCCAACUCGCGCCCGAGCACGUUAUCGCCCGAGCUGCAGCUUGUCAACCAGGACAAGUUUGCCAAGCUCGGCCGUAUCGCAAUCGACUUUAGGAAGUACCAGGUGCCGUUCGACCUCAAGGAGUUGGAGCCGGUGCAGGCGUUCCUCAAGCGGGUCCUCACCGAGCGUGGCAGUGGCAGCUUGGACGCGCUGUACCGCAAGAGUCUGUUACUCGAGCCCCGGCAGGGCAGCGAGCGGUUCAGCAGCGCGGUGGAGAAGCCUGGAUGGCUGCGUGCGCAGUUACAAGUGUAGACGAGCUCGACGCCGCCGGCGGCGAGCGAGGCGCGGCAGAUUUUGGGCGACUUGUUGGCAAGGCCAUCAUAUGCUCAGACGACAUGAGACGGAGUGGACGACGACGACUCGACUAGCAUUGCCUGUAAUCACC